GUAAUUAUAAGAAAGUAAAGUGGAUUUUACGUAAUUUACUAAUUUCCCCGUCUCCCUCCAAAAUUAAUUUCCCAGACCCGACUGCAGAGCUCUUUAUCCUCUUGAGAUAAGGGUUAGGGUUUUUCGUUGCCGGAAAUUUGUUUAAUUAGGGAAUUUUUUGUACUGAAAAUUCACGGCAAAUAUAACGAUGGCGAGGCACCGGAGCAGAAGCCGCAGCCGUAGUCCGGAGAGACGAAAGCAGCACGACGACCACCGCGACCGCCGCCGUGAUCGCCGCUCGCCUGCACCCUCCGGCCUCCUCGUUCGCAACAUAUCUCUCACCGCUAGGCCGGAAGACUUGAGGGCUCCUUUUGAAAAAUAUGGGCAAAUAAAAGAUGUUUAUUUACCCAAAAAUUACCACACAGGGGAACCUCGCGGUUUUGGAUUUGUCAAGUACCGUUAUCCUGAAGAUGCAGCAGAAGCCAAAAGUCACCUUGAUCGCUCAGUUAUUGGUGGACGUGAAAUAAGGAUUGUUUUUGCUGAGGAGAAUAGGAAGAGUCCUCAUGAAAUGCGUAGAAUAACAGGCACAAGCUCGCGGGGAAGCUUUAGGAGCCGGGUUCGGUCACGGUCCCCUAGACGCCAAUAUCACUCUCGUUCACGUUCUCCUUCUCCAGCAAGGCACGAGUCCAGAGGCAAGGGCUAUGGAGCUAGGGAUGAUUACCACUCUCCACGCAGAUCGAGAUCGAUUUCUAGGUCAGUUUCUCCAAGGAAUGAAAGAAAUCACAGAUCUCGCGAAAAGCCAACAAGGCGCUCUCGUUCCUUCUCCCGCUCCGUUUCUCCACUGGAUGAGAAAAAUCAUAGGCAGAUUCGCCGCUCCACAAAUCCCAAAGAAAAUGCACCGAGGUCACGAAGUCCAAAAAGGAAUUCCAGAAGUCCAUCUAGGUCUCGUUCUAGAUCAUACAGUCCACGCUGAAGGUUCGUUCGACUGGUUUUGUUUCGCUGUCGUUUCAGUAUUAUUGGGAAGUUUUUUGUGCUGUGUUAGUGCGCAGAACCACCGUGAGGAUGGGAAUCUAUGAAGAACUUAUAUUAAUUUGUUGUAUUAUUUAGUUUUUAAAAUCAAACUAUACUGUGCUGGAGAUUUUAUUUACGUGAUCUAGUUUCGUUGGAUUUGGACAGUUACUUUUAUCAUUGGCUUCUAUAAUUACUCGAAUCAUUUAAUUUUUUAUUUAUUUAUUUACUGCACCAUUUUAAU